GUGGAAGACGCGAAUGACGUACUUUCACAUUUUCGGUGCGUCGUGGGCGAGGCCUGAUGACGUCACCGAGGAAUCCGGAAGUGCAGCAGCACGCGUCAACUGCCGCACGAGUCCGCGACCCCUUUGGCUAAUUUGACAUUUUCCACGCGGUCGCCGGCGUGUCAAGCAGACUUUGGUUCCGGCGCUGCCUUCGAGGACUUAGCCGGCCGGGGUCAUGGCCGGCAGGCUGAGCUUCGCAAACAUCACCGCCUUGGCCCCCAUGGUGCGGGUGGGCACGCUGCCCAUGAGGUUGCUGGCGCUGGACUACGGCGCCGACGUGGUCUACUGCGAGGAGCUGAUUGACAUCAAGAUGGCGCAGUGCCGCCGGGUGGAGAACGAGGUUCUGCAGACGGUGGAUUUUGUGGCGCCGGAUGAUCGCGUGAUGUUCAGGACGUGCGAGAAGGAGAAGCAGCGAGUCGUCUUCCAGAUGGGGACGGCCGACCCGGAGCGAGCCCUCGCCGUGGCCCGACUGGUGGAAAAGGACGUGGCGGCCAUCGACGUCAACAUGGGCUGCCCCAAAGAAUAUUCCACCAAGGGCGGCAUGGGCGCGGCUCUCCUGUCCCAUCCCGACAAGAUCGAGGCGAUCCUCACGAAGCUGGUGAGCGGCGUUUCUGUGCCCGUCACCUGUAAGAUCAGGAUCCUGCCCUCGCUGGAGGACACGCUGACGCUGGCGCGGAGGAUCGAGAAGACGGGCGUGGCCGCCAUCGCCGUCCACGGCAGGUUCAAGGACGAGCGUCCCCGGCACCCGGUCCACUGCGACUACAUCGGCGCCGUCGCCCGGGCCGUGGCCGUCCCGGUCAUCGCCAAUGGGGGCUCCCUGGACCUGGUCAAGACCCACGGCGACAUCCGGGCCUUCAAGGAGGCCGCGGGCGCCUCGUCCGUCAUGUUGGCGCGAGCCGCCAUGUGGAACCCGUCCGUCUUUCGCAGCGCCGGCCCGCUUCCUCUCCACGACGUCAUGAUCCAGUACCUCAAAUACGCGCUUCGCUACGACAACCACGCCUUCAACAGCAAGUACUGCUUGUGUCAGAUGCUGCGCGACAAAGUGGAGUCGGCGCUGGGCAAACGCGUGCAGGCGGCGCAGGACAACCGAGAACUCAGCGAGGCGAUGGAUCAGCUCGACGCGUUCGAGGAGACGCAAGCGGCGCUGGACGCUCGCCGCGACGCCCUGCGGGGUCCCGAGCGACCGCCGGACCGCGUCAUCGCCCUGGACGGAGACGUCACCACCAUGGCCCUUAAGUUCGAACGGCGCGAAUAUCCUCCUCAGCUCACGCCAAAGAUGUUUCUGCUGGAGUGGAGCCGGCGGCAGAAGUUGGAGCAGCCCACGUACCAAACGGUGCAACGUGCGCAGGAUCGAGCCUUCCAGUCAACCGUCACGGUGGAAAAGCGCAAGUACAGAUCCUCGCUCUGGGAGAAGUCCAAGAAGUUUGCCGAGCAGGCGUCCGCCGUGGUCUGCCUGCGCGUUCUCGGAAUUCCCGAGAGUCACGUCGGCCGACGGCAUAAAAGGAAGACGGAGGACGACCGCGACGGCGCCCGAGAAAAGAGGAAGAAGCCAACGGCGGGCGAGCGCCAGACCGCCGGCUCGUGAGCGCCAAACCUUUUGACUUUGGACAGAUUUUCAUCUUCAGGCCCGGCGGCUUUUGAUUUCCUCGGAACGUUAUGAGCGAGACGACGGGUCCGAAUCGUGUAUCCAAAAAAAAAAACAUUUGGAUGCGCGUUAUUUAAUUUUCUUAAAGUCAUCAGUUUAGUUUUUUUUCUUCUACAUUUUUGUCCUGUCUCUACGAUUAAAAGCACGUGCCACAUUAUUCAAGU